UUACUUCUUAUCCCAUCUGAUUCAGACCUUUGAGAUCCCGUAGGAGAAAUAUCUUCUGUGUGGACAGGGAAUUUUGUGUCGUUUGGUUUCUUCUUUCUGAUGCCUUGGUGAAAUGGAAGCUGGUUCAGAGCAUGUUUUUGAGUGCCAGGAGCCAUGCUAGUGACCCCUCCUCCAUAGUUAAUGGCUCUUCACUGGAAGAGGUGGAGCUUGAGCUCCUGAGCUCCUGUAAACCCUUUUUUGUUGGGAAGUACCUCUCAGCUCAGCCGCAGACAGGAAGCAGCAUAUUAUUACAGUCAUCGCCUGCCUCUGCACUUCAUUGCCGUCAGAAGGAAACUUAUCCCAGCUCCUCCUUAAGCAGGCAGCUAAUCAGCUUGUGGCAAGUGAUUAUCACUCCAUGUCGGAAGCUCAUCCUUUGUGCUGAUAACAGGAAGGAGAUGGAAGAUUGGAUUGCAGCACUGAAGACUGUCCAAAACCGUGAACAUUUUGAGUCUACCCAGUACAGCAUGGACCAUUUCUCAGGGAUGCAUAACUGGUACGCCUGCUCCCAUGCCCGGCCAACGUACUGCAACGUGUGUCGGGAGGCCCUGUCCGGGGUCACAUCACACGGGCUGUCCUGUGAAGUGUGCAAGUUUAAAGCCCACAAGCGCUGUGCUGUGCGGGCAACCAACAAUUGCAAGUGGACAACUCUGGCCUCUAUCGGGAAGGAUAUCAUUGAGGAUGAAGAUGGGAUCUCAAUGCCACAUCAGUGGCUGGAAGGAAACCUGCCCGUGAGUGCCAAAUGCACGGUGUGUGAUAAAACCUGCGGCAGUGUCCUGCGUUUGCAAGACUGGCGCUGCCUGUGGUGCAAAGCCAUGGUACACACAGCAUGUAAAGAGUUGUUACCAAACAAGUGCCCUCUUGGGCUCUGCAAAGUGUCUGUCAUUCCUCCUACUGCUCUUAACAGCAUUGAUUCAGAUGGUUUCUGGAAAGCCACUUGUCCCCCUUCUUGCACAAGCCCUUUGUUGGUCUUUGUCAACUCAAAAAGUGGAGACAACCAAGGUGUAAAAUUUCUACGAAGAUUCAAACAACUGCUGAAUCCAGCCCAGGUCUUUGACCUCAUGAAUGGAGGACCUCACCUUGGUUUACGCUUAUUCCAGAAAUUUGACACUUUCCGGAUUCUAGUUUGUGGUGGGGACGGCAGUGUUGGCUGGGUUCUCUCAGAAAUUGAUAGCCUCAACCUUCACAAGCAGUGCCAGCUGGGAGUGUUGCCCUUGGGAACAGGGAAUGACCUUGCUCGUGUUUUAGGCUGGGGUUCUGCUUGUGAUGAUGAUACCCAGCUCCCACAGAUUCUGGAGAAGCUGGAGAGGGCCAGUACCAAAAUGCUGGACAGGUGGAGCAUCAUGGUGUAUGAAACCAAACUCCCUCGCCAGGCCUCCUCUUCCACAGUCACUGAAGAUUGCAGUGAGAAUUCAGAGGUGCAGAAGAUUCUCUGCUAUGAAGAUUCUGUGGCUGCUCAUUUGUCCAAAAUUUUGACUUCUGACCAACACUCAGUGGUGAUCUCCUCAGCCAAAGUGCUUUGUGAAACGGUGAAGGAUUUUGUGGCUCGAGUAGGGAAAGCCUAUGAGAAGGCAACAGAAAGCUCAGAGGAGUCAGAGGUCAUGGCCAGGAAGUGCUCUGUCCUGAAGGAGAAGCUGGACUCAUUGCUGAAGACACUGAAUGAUGAAUCUCAAGCAUCCUCCUCUCUUCCCAACCCUCCUCCCACCAUUGCAGAGGAGACAGAGGAUGGGGAUGGGUCGGGCAGUGCUGGUGACUCUUCAAGUGAGCUCUCGGUGGGCUCGGCCUGCACUGCACGGCCCCAGAUAUUCCGUCCCCGAGAGCAGCUCAUGCUGAGAGCCAACAGCUUGAAAAAAGCCAUUCGCCAGAUAAUAGAGCAUGCAGAGAAAGCUGUAGAUGAGCAGAACGCCCAGACCCAGGAGCAAGAGGGCUUCCUCCUUAGUCUCUCAGCCUCUGAGGAAGGCAAGGAGCUGAGGAAUGAGGAUAAGAUUUCCGUGCAGUCAUCACACAGCAGCAGCUAUGGAGUGUCCAAGGGGAGGAGCCAGAGGAAAGCCUCCAAGUCUCCUUGUGAAAGACUAAUAAACAAAGGAAGUUUGUCACUGGGCAGCUCUGCAUCUCUUCCUCCCCAGACAGGAAGCCGUGACAACUUGCCAAUGCUGAACACAAAAAUCCUCUACCCAAAUAUCCGUGCUGGCAUGUCAGGUUCUUUGCCUGGGAGCUCUGUCAUCAGCCGAUUGUUGAUCCAUGCUGAUCCCUUUAACUCUGAGCCUGAAAAUCUUGAAUGUUACACUGAGAAGUGUGUCAUGAAUAAUUACUUUGGAAUUGGACUGGAUGCAAAGAUUUCUUUGGACUUCAACAACAAACGUGAUGAGCACCCAGAGAAAUGCAGAAGUCGUACUAAGAACAUGAUGUGGUAUGGAGUACUGGGCACCAAGGAGCUGCUGCACAGAACAUAUAAAAACCUGGAGCAGAAGGUCUUGCUGGAGUGCGAUGGGAGGCCAAUCCCUCUGCCCAGUCUCCAGGGGAUUGCUGUACUCAACAUUCCCAGCUAUGCAGGAGGCACCAACUUCUGGGGGGGAACUAAAGAGGAUGAUACAUUUACAGCCCCUUCCUUCGAUGACAAGAUUUUGGAGGUGGUAGCUGUGUUUGGUAGCAUGCAGAUGGCAGUGUCACGUGUGAUAAACCUGCAGCAUCACCGGAUUGCACAGUGCCGGACAGUAAAGAUAGCAAUCCUUGGAGAAGAGGGAGUUCCUGUGCAAGUGGAUGGAGAAGCCUGGAUCCAGCCUCCAGGUUACAUUUGGAUUGUUCAUAAGAACAGGGCACAGACCCUCACCCGAGACAGGGCAUUUGAGAGCACCCUGAAAUCUUGGGAGGACAAACAGAAGUGUGAGUUGUCACGACCCUCCUCUUUCUCUCUGCAACCAGAGAUCAUGUCUGAAGAAGAAUCCACCCAGAUCAUCCAGUUUGGUCAAGCUGCAGGUGUUCUGAUCCACAGCAUUCGGGAAAUAGCUCAAUCCUAUCAGGACAUGGAACAGGAGCUUGCCCAUGCUGUCAAUGCCAGCUCCAAGUCUAUGGACAAAGUCUACGCUAAAUCCAAGUCUACAGAGGGUCUGAACUGCAGCCUUGUUGUAGAGAUGGUGAAUAAUGUCAAAGCCCUGCACAAUGAGACAGAGCUGCUGCUGGCAGGCAAGAUGGCACUGCAAUUAGAUCCUCCACAGAAGGAGCAGCUCCAGACAGCCCUGGCAGACAUGGACCUCCAGCUGAGGAAACUGGCAGACAUCCCUUGGCUGUGGCAGCUCAUGGAGCCCUGUGAUGAGGAGAACCAGAUGCUGGAUUAUUCCAAACGCAGCCGCAGUGGCAAAUUCCGCCUUGUGACCAAGUUUAAAAAGGAGAAGAACAACAAAAAUAAGGAGACUCACAGUAGCAUGGGAUUGCCGGUUCACCUCUGGGGGACGGAGGAGGUUGCGGCGUGGCUUGAGCACCUCAGUCUUUGUGAGUAUAAGGAUAUCUUCAUCCGCCAUGACGUCCGGGGCUCUGAGCUCCUGCACCUUGAACGGAGGGACCUCAAGGACCUGGGAGUGACCAAAGUGGGUCACAUGAAGAGGAUACUGCACGGGAUCAAGGAGCUGAGCCGGAGUACUCCUGCCAGCGAGGCUUAGCCUCUGUUUUCACAGCCUGUGUCUACCAUUCUCCCUAACUGCACAGCAGUCACCUCACAAAGCAGAUGUGCUCACAACUGUCUCUGCUGAACAGCCAAAUUUUAGCUGUUCAGAGCUCAUAUCAACCAAGCAUGGUGCUACUUUUUUCCUGUGGGGUAUGGCUGCAUCCAUUGGAGAGGCACUUCCUCUGUGGUUGGCAGAGCCUCCUGGAGAGAACUCACUCACUGUUUGAAGAGCCAUGUCCUGUGUCGUGGGAAGUUCUGGUUCCAGGGACAGUGCAGGACUCCUGAGAACUGCAACACAGAUACCUUUACUGGAUAACUUCAUCACAGUAGAAUCAUUCAGGGCAAAAGAUAUAUCGGCCAGUCUUAAUUCAGGAGCAUCUGACAGUCUUUUCAGACCCAAAACUUUCCUGCACAUCUGUGUGUCACACCUGUAUUUAACAUAUUUAAGUGGGACAAAGCCUCUCCUUUCAUCUUACUAUUCCCUUUUUAAUGCAUCUGUAGUUGUGUGUAAUUUGCAUCUGAAAUUUGAAGCCAGUGCAGACCUCUUCCAAUGAAUAUCAAGUGAUUCUCAUUCACUCAUGCUUUUGCAACAAACAGUGCAUGUUCUUCAGACAGGAUUUGCACCAGCUGGCAGGGCCUUCUUCUGGGCCUGCUCUCCUCUACCAGCCAGGGGCAAUGGUACAACCUUCAGGUUUUCACAAAAAAUGUGGUGCUGAGUCAUUACGGACAAUUGCUCAGAAAUUCCUGGCAGUAAGAAAAGAAAAUUCUGGAGAGCCAGGUAGUUACAGAUCAGCUCUGACAUUCCUUCUGAAUUCAUCUUUGGGAGACCAGAUAAGAGGGAGAGGAAAGCUGAUGAGCUGUUUGUGCUGCACAAGAUGGGAGGUAUAGGACAACUUGCUGCAUCCUGGGAGAGGGAGCAGCAUGACUGGCAAUGGCCAGGUGUAGCUUCCUGCUUGUUCAGUACCACUUCUGUGGCCACAGACAUGAGAGGGUUUUUUUUGCUUCAGCUUGCAGUGUAGAAAACUCUUGUCAAAAAUUGUGACUUGAGUCUAGUACUUGUAUCUUUUCACCUGUCUAGGUUUCCGUAGCUUUUCCACCUUGCUUCUCCUUUUUGCUGCCUUGCUCCUUCACUCCAGAGUGAUAAAAAAGACUAGAGUAGCUCAGUUCUCCUGGGCUGUACCCCUAAAAUAUUCCUUAUGCUGUCAAGCAUUGGGGGUUCUGUAAGAGCACUAAGAGGAGGACGAUUGUUAGCAAGCAAAUGAGCAUCAUAAUGAAAACUGGAAUAUGUUGAUAAAUUGCCUUUGGUACCAGCAACAGUGGAGCAUGGAAAAAUUAGUGCUUCUGAAUCAGGGUUUCUAGAUGACUGACCUCAGUUGGGUGGCUGUUAAAGCCCAAGACCAGCAUGCAUAGUUAUAUCACCAUCUUCAUCACUGCAAAGGGAAUCUGGCAACAGUCAGUGCCAAAUCAGACAUCAUUCUUUUUUUACUUUUUAAGUAAAGGAUUUUAAAGUAAGGAUUUUUAUCAAAUUGAUAUCACUUCUCUAGUCUAAUAACAAUCAGUCAAGUUAAUUUAUGUAAAGAUUUGUCAGCUUAUAAAGGCUCUGGGCUGAUUUCAUUUCAGCUGGGCAAACUCCAUUGAAUUCCCUAGUAUUUCACCAAGGGUUAUUCUGACUCUGCCUGUCUGUUCUAACCAGACACGUUCACCCAUGUGUCUCCUCACAGCCUGGCGAGUGACCGCGUUUGUUGAAACUCAUGAGAAGGUAAAAAAAGACUGAACGUGCUUGAUCCAGUUAGAAACAUUUACAGUAUAAAUACUGUGGGGCCUGAGCAGGAAAUAUGUCCAGCCUUGCCCUGAAUGUAUUUCUCCUAUGUAUAUGUUGGCAUAGCUGUAUUUUUUAUUUAUCAGUACAGACUCCCUCUAACUAUAUUGAAUUCCUGAGAUAUCAGGUAAGUAAGAAUUGCAAGCAUACUGUAUUGUCCCACUUGCUUGUUGAGGCACAGAGCAACAUCUGGAUGAAAAUGAGGAGAAAUCUCUUCAGGAGAGCCCCAGGAUACAGCCAUCCCCAGUGGUGGUGUGCCGUGACCUCACAGUGUCUGCAUCCCACUGUCUGUCCCAGAAUUGUGUGUUUCUGGGACAUCCAUGUGCCUUCCAGGAGAGUGCAGCAGGGGGUUGAGGCAGGUGAUAACUCUGGAGAAGAGGUGAGAUCUGUGUUUGUUCCUAUAUGCAGUGAAGGAGCUGUUCUGUGAACUUUCCCCAGCAGCCUCAUGGUUAAAGAUGCAUAAACAAUAAGCUCUUGCCUUGCAUAAUCCUUGAGGGAUUAAAUUCUUGCUUCCACAGAAACAGCUCCUCUCUACUCUUCCUGCCCAGAGCAAUAGAGGAAUCCAAAGAGUUUUUACAUUCAGGUGUGUUCCUCAAUUCAUGCCAUAUCUGUCAACACCUGAUGGCCGUUAGCCAUUUACAUGAGUGAUAAGGCCUGCACAGAUGCAUCUUCAUUUCUUUUGCUUUUUUGAUCUGUGUGUCAAUGCCUUCAGAUCCUUUUUGUGCAGAUGCACAUCUGUCAAUGGGUUAACAGCCACUAUAUUCCUGUCUUACUUAUCAGAGGCAGGAAGGGAGUUCUUCCUUCUUCUAAGACCUAGAAAAUGGGAUCCACAUUUAACCUGAGUGCCUUUGGAUAUUUAUUAAGGUUUAGAUCUAAGAAACCCCAAAGGGUUGUAGUUCUGUAUGUCUCACUGGGAACAGUGCAGAUUUCUGUUGGCAAGAUUUUUGUGAAUAGAUGAAGACAAUUUGUGUUGAACAUCAGUGAGCUCUAUCUGCAAAGUAGGGAGCCAGGUAGAACUUCUGGCUGCUGCCUAUUCUGAGUUUCUCUUCUGACAUCUGAUAAUUUUUUGUGGGAGGAAAAACUCAGGAACAACAGUUAGUAAAAAAUAUGCUGCUUUGCCAAAAAGAGACUGCCCAGCAGUCUCAGGAGCACCAGCCUGAGAGAAGCUAGAACUGCACAUAUCACAGAGGUGUUUAGUCCCUGAAGAAACACAGCUCCUGUGAAAGCCAUACAGCACCUUCUGUUCACAUCCCUCACCCUGGCAGUGGCUGCAGUGAGCUGGGCACGGGGUUUCUUCUGCUUGGAAGAGGCUUCAGUCCCUUUUCUCACAUUCUGGCACCAUCCUGGAUAUUUAAUGGCAGAUUCUGGGGAAUUAUGGUUGGGGCUAAGUGAGAUUGUGUGCAGUGGAGACUGGAGGGAGGUUUGGCUGUUGGCAGUGCCCUGCCCUGGGCUGCCCUUGGGAGGGCUGGUACAGCCUCUCUUCUGUACCUUGUGGGAUGUCAGCAGGAGCCAGCACAGUGGCCAAGGGGAGCUGUGCUGCUGGGUGCCUGGAGGUGCUGGCCUGGCACCUGGGAGCCUCCAGCUCUGCUGAGGCCUUCAGUGCCAGUGCUAAAUCUGCUUCUGCCCCCAAAUUGUAUGGAAAGCUUUGAUCAUUGUUUUAGUGUUAUUUAAAAAUGUACAUAAUAGCGAUGUGAUUUAUAAAACAGACUGUUUACAAGACAUAUUUUGUAUCUUAAGAUGUGCGUACUGUAAAAAAAAAAAGGAAAGUAUGGAAAAUGAUGUUUUUCUACAACUGUCAGUAGUGACUGCAUGUCUGUAUUAUUGUCCGCCGACCACUGUUCCUCAGGGGUGUCCCCACCAUUCCUGCAAUCCUGUCAAAAGCAUCGGGAAGCAAGUGAAUCCCUGUACAGUCUUGGGAAGAAGGUUUUGUGCCUUAAGAAUGGGACCUGCUUCCCUCCUAUUUAUUUUGUUAAUUUAUACAGUGAUUACGAUGGAAAUGUCUCUUGGUGGUUUUUUUUGUACAUAGUUUACUUGUUGUAAAUAUAUUUUUCUUGUAUAUAAAGUAAACAUGUUUCCGAGCUUCCAGUAAGGAUUCUCUGUUGCUGAUUUUGUUGUGAGAGGGCUGCUGUGCCCAUCAGGUGGGAAACAGCUAAUAAAAACCUGUGCUGUGAUUAAAUGGCUUUAUCCUGGCUUGCAUCAGAAGUUCAGAGCUUCUCCUUAGAGAGGAGUGAAAUGGUAAAUCUAAGUGUUGUAGACUAACUUUGUAGCAUUUUUUGUGUUGGUUUAAUUGGCAUGGAGUAGAAGACAUCAGGUAGUUUAAUUUUUUUUAGCUAUGUCUUGUAGUGAACAAAUGUUGUUUUAAAUGUGGUGCUUCUACUGGUGCUCAUGUGAUCAAAGCUCUGCUGGCAGCAAACCCACGGCUUGAUGGGAACACUGUCAGACUCAGCAGAGCUGUGUUGGCUACCCCUGCUCAGGUGCUGUUCCUGGCCAUGGUGCUGCAGUGCCUCUGUGUAUUCCAUUUAUUGCAGGCAAUAUGUACGGUGACUGGAAUAAGUGAAAAUGCAUUUUGCAAAAAUGUGGGAGAAGUGAAUUUUCUCAUGAAAUGUAGAAAUUGAGUGCUAUAAAUGACGCCUGUAAACUUGAAACAAAAAAAUUUGGCGUGUUUGGGUGAGCAGUUCAUAGAGUGGAUUGUGACAGCCUUUCUCUUCCGUCUGUACAGAUUGGUGUGUUCAUAAGAUGCUGAUAGGAAGCUUACAGUGGAUUUAUUUAAAUUGACAGGAUGGUUGUAGAGUUCCACAGUAUUGUCACAAAGUGGGUGGAAAGUAAGUUACAAUGGUCAUGAAUAUUUUCUAUGUGAAAAACAUCUUUGUAUGGGAUAAUUAAACAGAAGUAUGGAGAGAAUAGUGUAUGGAACAGGAACAUCAUUCUGAUGUUACAUACUCUUGCAUGAUGAAAAUGGUAAAAUUUUCAUUUGACCAUUUUUCAUUGGUUACCUGGAGCCAGAAUAAGGAGAAGAUAAGAGCUACGGUGUUUAUUCACACAUGCAUCAUUCUCUGAGUGUCAGGCUCUGCUUUAAGUGGCAUUACAGAAAAAAUGCAAAGAAGGCAACAGCAGAGACAGAAGAUACUCUUACUCCUCUGAUACAGGUUAAUUAAUUUUGGUCUUUUUUUAAUGAUGUGGCAGAAGCUAAUAGCAAAAAACUUACUGCCCCACUCAGUGUGUCCCUGACGACUCCUGGGUGCACAGGUGGUUUGCAUGAAGAUGCCAUAUCUUCAACAUCAUCUUCAACCCUGCAAAGGGUCCUUGGGCAUCGGAAGGGGCUGCCCAGGGGGUUUCGGAGUUCCCCUUACUGGACAUGUUCAAGGAAUGACUGGAUGUGGCACUCAGUGCUCUGGGCUGGGUGACAAGGUGGGGAUUGGUCACAGGUUAGACUCAAUGGUCUUGGAGGGUUUUUCCAACCUGAGUGAUUCUGGAAUUCUGCACAGCUCACAGAGGUGCCACUGCAGACACUGUUUGCAGAGAACUUGACAUGCUGGUUCCUACCACCUCCAAUGCAAGAAAAUUUUUGAAAAGGAUUGGGGGUUUUCUCUAAAUGCUUAGUGUUCAGAAUUCAAUAGAAUACUUUGUUCUGAUGAGAGCUAACCCAGCACACCAGAAGAUGCAGCAUGCUGGUACAAGCAUCUGGUAUCUGCUUAGGGCUGUCAGUGGGGGUUAGUUCCCUUUGCUAUAUUGUGGUGGGAAGCUUUGAUGAGAAAGUGAAGUGAGAGGACUCUUAAAGCAAAAUAUGUCUCUCUUGGGUGAUUGUGUGCUGUGAGAAGAGGGCAGGAUCUCUCAAGAGAGCGCAGCACUGGGUAUGUACACUUGCUAAUUAUAUAUAUAACCAUUUCUGCUCACCAGAGAAUCAAAAGGAGAAAAUGGUUUUAGAAAGGCAGGGUAGGUGCCUCAGCUGUUUUGCUUUUCCCCUGUAUGCAGGUAAAUGGUCAAGCUCUCCCUGAGCACUGUUUGUUUAACAACUAAAAAGAAAGCACUUCAUGUCACUCCAAAGAGUAAAUAUCUGAAGUUAUGGAUUAACUAAGUUCCAGCAGAGCUCAUGGAGGAAGAACAGAUCACGCUGAUUCCCACUGAAUAAAGCAGUAAGUGCUUUCAAAAGUAUUGUAUCCUUUGAGAUUUCUAGGUACAGCUUGCUUUAAUGGAGCAUGAAACUUGUAAAAAAUGUCCAGGGGAGGGUGUCAGGACAGGCCAGAAGUUUUCUGGGAGAGCUGCUGAUGUAUUAAAGGGAGCGAGCAA